UCCGCUCGUUCUUUGGUUAUAAAAAACAUCUUCUAACGCUAGUAAAAUUAGCCAUCGUAGAUUACCAAAAAAAACUUGAUUUUGAACAAAAUGUUGAUUAACCAAUGACUUUUUUAACAGAAGAUCAAAACUGCUGAAAGGAAGUUGGAUUAUGUCUCUCUCUCUCUGAAAAGAGCCCUCCCAAUAUCUGUCGUCAAGGCACCAUCGUACUGAAGUGGUUUCCAAGACCAGCGGGCGGCAAUCACCCGGAUGUUCAAGGAAGUGGUGUUGCGAGUACUGCCGGACUUCUGGGAAUGUAGUUGUGAGAGAUAUUUCUGAAUUCUGGAAGUUAUAAAACCGAGUGAAAAAAUCUCGUUAAGUAUCUGCCUUGUCCUACUUUCUGUUGUCCGUUUCCGUGGAAGCUGUUGGAAGUACUGAGGAGACAAAAGGGAGGGGGUCGUACCCCCUCCCCAGUACCCUAUGUUGAGCCACUAAGCAGUUUGGAGUUUGAAACUGGGAGUCUUGUUUCAUUGCGGUCUUCUACAUUUGAUGUGCUAUUUUAUCAGAUAUCUCCUGCAAUGAGUAACUCUAGGAAUAAUCGUGUAAUGAUGGAAGGAGUGGGGGCACGGGUGGUCCGGGGACCAGACUGGAAAUGGGGUAAGCAGGAUGGUGGUGAGGGUCACGUCGGCACUGUCCGUAGCUUCGAGAGCCCCGAGGAGGUGGUAGUAGUCUGGGAUAACGGAACUGCGGCCAACUACCGAUGCUCUGGUGCAUACGAUCUCCGGAUAUUAGACAGUGCACCUACAGGUAUAAAGCAUGAUGGGACUAUGUGUGACACUUGCCGUCAGCAGCCCAUCAUUGGCAUCCGUUGGAAAUGUGCUGAAUGUACAAAUUAUGAUCUUUGUACUGUGUGUUAUCAUGGAGACAAGCAUCACCUAAGACAUCGCUUCUACAGGAUUACAACCCCAGGAAGUGAAAGGGUUUUGUUGGAGUCCCGACGCAAAUCAAAGAAAAUCACAUCCAGAGGAAUUUUUCCAAAUGCAAGAGUUGUUCGUGGAGUAGAUUGGCAGUGGGAAGACCAAGAUGGGGGCAAUGCACGUAGAGGGAAGGUAACUGAAAUCCAAGACUGGAGUGCCUCUAGUCCUCACAGUGCAGCUUAUGUUCUCUGGGACAAUGGAGCGAAAAACCUGUACAGAGUUGGUUUUGAGGGCAUGUCCGAUUUGAAAUGCGUUCAAGAUGCAAAAGGUGGAUCAUUUUACAGAGAUCAUUGCCCAGUACUUGGUGAGCAGAAUGGGAACCGAAACCCUGGUGGUCUGCAGAUUGGUGAUUUGGUGAAUAUUGAUCUCGAUUUGGAGAUUGUACAGUCCUUGCAGCACGGGCAUGGAGGUUGGACAGAUGGAAUGUUUGAAACAUUGACUACAACUGGUACUGUCUGUGGCAUUGAUGAGGAUCAUGACAUUGUAGUGCAGUAUCCUAGUGGCAACAGAUGGACUUUCAAUCCUGCUGUACUCACCAAGGCCAAUGUUGUAAGAAGUGGUGAAAAUGCUCAAGGUGCAGAAGGAGGGACUUCUCAGUUUCAAGUUGGUGACCUUGUACAGAUCUGUUAUGAUCUUGAGCGAAUCAAACUUCUCCAGAGGGGCCAUGGCGAGUGGGCUGAAGCUAUGCUGCCUGUAAUCUUCUGUGGAAGACUUGCAAGAGUUCCUACUUAUUCUGAUUCUGAUCUGCAUAAGGAACUGUGUGGUAACUCAGGAACAUAUGGCCCUCUUUCUGCUUCCAAGGCUUCUCCUAGAGGCAGGGCUAUUACAGGCACCAAUGGCGAGCGCCUGUCGCAGUUGCUGAAGAAGCUGUUUGAAACUCAAGAAUCUGGUGAUCUUAAUGAAGAACUGGUUAAAGCUGCUGCCAAUGGAGAUGUUGCUAAAGUGGAAGAUUUAAUAAAACGGCCUGAUGUUGAUGUUAAUGGGCAGUGUGCAGGACACACAGCCAUGCAGGCGGCUAGUCAAAAUGGGCACGUGGACAUUCUGAAGUUACUCCUGAAACACAGCAAUGUUGAUGUGGAAGCUGAGGAUAAAGAUGGUGACCGGGCUGUACACCAUGCUUCUUUUGGAGAUGAAGGAGCUGUUAUAGAGGUUUUGCAGAGAGGAGGUGCUGAUCUCAAUGCACGGAACAAACGCAGGCAAACACCAUUACAUAUUGCUGUGAAUAAAGGCCAUCUCCAGGUUGUAAAGACUUUGUUGGAUUUAGGCUGCCAUCCUAGUCUCCAGGAUUCUGAAGGUGAUACACCCCUUCAUGAUGCCAUAAGUAAAAAACGGGAUGACAUACUGGCUGUACUUCUGGAAGCAGCUGCUGAUGUUACCAUCACAAAUAAUAAUGGCUUCAAUGCUCUUCAUCAUGCUGCACUGAGAGGAAACCCAAGGUUUAAUAGGAACUACUCUGUGGAGAUGUUCUUACGGUUAUGUGAGAAUGAGGUGUUUGAACGGAGGUCAAAAGGAAAAAGUAAACACUAUUACAAUUUAACACAGGAUGAGUUUCAGGCAUUAAAAGAAUUGCAAACAAUGAAAGAAAUUAUUUUCAGGCCAGCUGACAAAGGAGGAGCUUUAAUAGUGAUGAAUUCAAUACAGUAUGCCCAACAACAACCUCAUCCAGGCAAACUGCACAGAAUCCCUGCAACACCAUCUACAAACAGUAAUAUCACUCCUGCAAGCACUGGGCUUCAAGAUAAAUUGCCCCAAGUCCAACAUGACCCCCUCUCAGAACCUAAUAUUCUUGGGGUGCAGGAUAAGGAUGGAAGUCAUGAGGGCUUUUCUGCCUCCUCAAAAGGUGGAAAAGUUAAGGCAGUACCUGCUCACUGUCCUUCAGGCCACAGACUUGACUGCCAGGCAGUACCUCAGACUACUGGGUCAUAUGCCAUUGACCUCUCCCAUGUUGCCAUUGGCAAGGCUCCACGUGAGAAAGCUGCAAUGGUACCAAAGGUCUAUAUGGACACAGCAUUGUCAUCCUCUAGAGUACAGAAUCCCCUUCUUACCUUGCCUCAAGAACGAGAUUCAGUAGUGGAUGAAUCGAGUGAACUACAACCCAAGACUCCCCUUUUAGGCCCCCUUGCCAGUGCAGGAGAUGGAAGUGCUAACCUGGACAUUCAGAAUGUUAAUCAGCAAACUGCACUUCAUCUUGCUGUUGAACGUCAACAUACACAGAUAGUACGGCUUUUGGUCCGUGCAGGUGCUAAACUAGAUAUCCAGGAUAAAGAUGGAGAUACUCCACUUCAUGAAGCCUUGAGACAUCAUACCUUGUCACAGCUCCGCCAACUUCAGGACAUGCAAGAUGUUGGCAAGAUAGAUAGUGCUUGGGAACCAUCCAAAAACACAUUGAUAAUGGGACUUGGUACUCAAGGGGCAGAAAAGAAGAGUGCAGCAUCAAUCGCCUGCUUCCUUGCUGCAAAUGGAGCUGAUCUCACAAUUCGUAACAAGAAAGGGCAGUCUCCUCUUGACCUCUGUCCUGAUCCUAGCCUUUGCAAGGCACUGGCUAAGUGUCAUAAAGAAAAACUCAGUGGCCAGGUUGGCUCGCGUAGUCCUUCUGUGAUUAACAAUGACUCAGAAACUUUGGAAGAAUGCAUGGUUUGUUCAGACUUGAAGAGGGAUACCUUGUUUGGGCCAUGUGGACACAUCGCUACCUGUUCAUUGUGUUCUCCACGAGUUAAGAAAUGCCUUAUAUGCAAAGAGCAUGUUCAGUCCAGAACAAAGAUUGAGGAAUGUGUGGUGUGCUCUGACAAGAAAGCAGCAGUUCUGUUCCAGCCUUGUGGUCACAUGUGUGCCUGUGAGAAUUGUGCCAACCUGAUGAAGAAAUGUGUUCAAUGCCGUGCUGUAGUCGAGAAGCGAGUGCCUUUUAUAAUGUGCUGUGGAGGAAAAGGUACAGAUGACCCCAGCGAUGACCUUUCAGCCAGUGGCAACAUUCCUCCUAUGCAGAGAGACAAAGAUAACACGAAUGUGAAUGCAGACGUUCAAAAGUUACAGCAGCAAUUGCAAGAUAUAAAGGAGCAGACCAUGUGCCCCGUGUGUCUAGAUCGUCUGAAGAACAUGAUUUUCCUUUGUGGACAUGGAACUUGUCAACUGUGUGGAGAUCGAAUGAGCGAGUGCCCAAUUUGCCGCAAAGCAAUUGAACGCAGGAUCUUGUUGUACUAGAAACUGGAAGAACCACCUUCAUCUUGAAGCAAAAUAUUAACUGCUUUGUUGCUAACAUGAUAGGUCAGCAUGCCAGUUAGCAGUUCAUGUAUAUGGUGGUGUUCCUCAGUUCUUGUCAGCCCUUGCAACAUACACUACAUUUCAGUUGAUGGCUGUGAAUAGCAUUUUUUUUUGUGCUGGGGGGGGGACUUUAUGAUGUAAACGUCUAUGCUUUAGCUUGGCUAUUGUUAAGACUCACGGAUAGUCUUUUUUAAACAUCAUAGUGUUAUGUGUUACAGUAUUAUAAUAUAAUUUCCUUUUGCUGUUAUGUAGUUCCUAAUUUAGAUUAAAAGAAAAUUUUCCAUAAAAGUUA